AUGGGGCCUCAAACAUUACAGAUGAGGAAACCGACUACACACCACAGAAAUGAGGAAACCGACUACACAUCACAGAAGUCUGAAAGACCAAAAGAUGUCACACUAACACAUGGGGCCACAAACAUUACAGAUGAGGAAACCGACUACACAUCACAGAAGUCUGAACGACCAAAAGAUGUCACACUAACACAUGGGGCCACAAACAUUACAGAUGAGGAAACCGACUACACGCCACAGAAGUCUGAACGACCAAAAGAUGUCACACUAACACAUGGGGCCACAAACAUUACAGAUGAGGAAACCGACUACACACCACAGAAGUCUGUACGACCAAAAGAUGUCACACCAACACAUGGGGCCACAAACAUUACAGAUGAGGAAACCGACUACACAUCACAGAAACUUGAGGAAACCGACUACACAUCACAGAAGUCUGAAAGACCAAAAGAUGUCACACUAACACAUGGGGCCACAAACAUUACAGAUGAGGAAACCGACUACACACCACAGAAGUCUGAAAGACCAAAAGAUGUCACACUAACACAUGGGGCUACAAACAUUAGACUUGAGGAAACCGACUACACAUCACAGAAGUCUGAAAGUCCAAAAGAUGUCACACUAACACAUGGGGCCACAAACAUUUCUGAUGAGGUAACCGACUACACAUCACAGAAUACAGAUGAGGAAACCGACUACACAUCACAGAAGUCUGAAAGACCAAAAGAUGUCACACUAACACAUGGGGCCACAAACAUUACAGAUGAGGAAACCAACUACACACCACAGAAGUCUGAACGACCAAAAGAUGUCACACCAACUCAUGGGGCCACAAACAUUACAGAUGAGGAGACCGACUACACAUCACAGAAGUCUGAAAGACCAAAAGAUGUCACACUAACACAUGGGGCCACAAACAUUACAGAUGAGGAAACCGACUACACACCACAGAAACUUGAGGAAACCGACUACACAUCACAGAAGUCUGAAAGACCUAAAGAUGUCACACUAACACAUGGGGCCACAAACAUUACAGAUGAGGAAACCGACUACACACCACAGAAGUCUGAAAGACCAAAAGAUGUCACACUAACACAUGGGGCUACAAACAUUAGACUUGAGGAAACCGACUACACAUCACAGAAGUCUGAAAGACCAAAAGAUGUCACACUAACACAUGGGGCCACAAACAUUACAGAUGAGGAAACCGACUACACAUCACAGAAGUCUGAAAGACCAAAAGAUGGCACACUAACACAUGGGGCCACAAACAUUACAGAUGAGGAAACCGACUACACACCACAGAAAGAUGAGGAAACCGACUACACAUCACAGGAGUCUGAAAGACCAAAAGAUGUCACACUAACACAUGGGGCCACAAACAUUACAGAUGAGGAAACCGACUACACACCACAGAAGUCUGAAAGACCAAAAGAUGUCACACUAACACAUGGGGCUACAAACAUUAGACUUGAGGAAACCGACUACACAUCACAGAAGUCUGAAAGACCAAAUGAUGUCACACUAGCACAUGGGGCCACAAACAUUACAGAUGAGGAAACCGACUACACAUCACAGAAGUCUGAAAGGCCAAAAGAUGUCACACUAACUCAUGGGGCCACAAAAAUUACAGAUGAGGAAACCGACUACACAUCACAGAAGUCUGAGAGACCAAAUGAUGUCACACUAACACAUGAGCCACAAACACUACAGAUGAGGAAACUGAAUGAGGAAACCGACUACACAUCACAGAAGUCUGAAAGACCAAAAGAUGUCACACUAACACAUGGGGCCACAAACAUUACAGAUGAGGAAACCGACUACACAUCACAGAAGUCUGAAAGACCAAAAGAUGUCACACUAACACAUGGGGCCACAAAGAUUACAGAUGAGGAAACCGACUACACACCACAGAAGUCUGAACGACCAAAAGAUGUCACACUAACACAUGGGGCCACAAACAUUACAGAUGAGGAAACCGACUACACAUCACAGAAGUCUGAAAGACCAAAAGAUGUCACACUAACACAUGGGGCCACAAACAUUACAGAUGAGGAAACCGACUACACACCACAGAAGUCUGAACGACCAAAAGAUGUCACACCAACACAUGGGGCCACAAACAUUAGAGAUGAGGAAACCGACUACACAUCAUAG